AUGGCCCACAAUUCCACCGUCUCGUGGGAGGGCGCCUUCGGGCCUGUGAGUCACGUGCGGGCGUUUGACUUUACGUUGACCUUUGAGCAGGCUGUCCUGUCGAUUAUCCCAUCCACAGUCUUGCUGCUAGCAGGGCCACCUCGACUGCUCUAUCUCACUCGAUGCCGCUCUAAGACUUGUUCCCAGCAGAAAAACUACCUUUGCAAGCUGGUCACCUCGUCCAUCAACUUAGCCCUCCAACUCUCCUUACUAGUGUUAUGGAGCGUAUCACCAUUCUCGCAGACCUCGACGAGCAUCCCCGCUGCCUCCCUAGGUCUCGCUAAUGCGGUCAUUAUUAUUGGGCUCUCCUAUGUUGAAGACCGAAAAUCAACAAGACCUUCCUCCCUAUUGACUGUUUACCUACUGCUCUCAAUUAUAUUCGAUGCGACACAGAUUCGGACGUUAUGGCUGACUCACCGAAUUCCCAUGGCAGCGGUUCAGAGUGCCAUUGCCGGGAUAAAACUCACCAUGUUACUGUUGGAGAUGCGAGAGAAGACCUCCUAUCUCCAGUCCCCUUACCGGGAGUAUCCUCCGGAGGCAACCAGCGGCAUUAUCAAUCUUAGUUUUGUCUGGUGGAUAAAUCAGCUCUUCGUGAUGGGAUAUCGGAAGCUUAUAGGGAAUCGAGACCUCUUUGAUCUUGACCCCGGGCUUGCGUCAGGCCCUGCGGGCGAACGACUAAAGAGAGUAUGGGAGAAACAUGGGAACACGAAGAACAAACUUUCGCUGCCUUGGGUCUUUGUCCGCUGUUUUUGGAGGGAGUUUCUUGCUGUGGUGUGGCCUCGAUUGUGCUUGAUUGGGUUCAGCUUCGCCCAGCCUUUUCUAAUCAUGGCGGCGGUCCAGCAUGUAGAGCGACCGGUAUCUACAGAGACCCGAAAUGGUGGCUAUGGCCUUAUUGGGGCCACCUUCCUGGUAUAUCUGGGUAUUGCGUUAUCAAACGUCCACUAUAGACAGUGCUUCUCGAGGGUUUCGACCUUAUUUCGUGGUUCAAUGAUCAUGUUAAUCCAUGACCGGACAUUGUCACUCCAUGAUGGUCUUUACACAGAAAGUGCUGCUCUUACAUUGAUGAGUACAGAUAUUGACGGCAUUAUCGAUCAUUUGGAGAACAUGAAUGACAUCUGGGCCCGUACAAUAGAAGUGGCUAUUGGCAUAACAUUACUUGGUCUCCAACUCGGUGCGACCUGUAUCGUUCCAUUACUUCUUACACUGGCAUGCCUAGUUGGCCAGAAGUUGGUAGCAAAUACCAUCGGAAACGACCAACAGAAUUGGAACCUGGAGAUCCAGAAGAGGAUCAAGAAUACCUCUGCUGUUCUGGGGUCUAUAAAGGCAACCAAGAUCUCGGGGCUUUCCAAAGCAUUGGCCCAGAACCUUCAACAACACCGUGAACGGGAGCUAUUUGUAUCUCGAGCAUUUUUUAAGGGAAUAAUGUGGUUGAAUGGUCUAGCAACUUUGCCCCGAAUAUGGUCCCCGGUCAUCACCUUUAUCGUCUAUGCGAUCCAAGCACAGAUCCGAGGUGACAACUCUCUAACCACAGUGAAAGCAUUUACUGCCCUAGGCAUUAUCACUCUUGUUACAACACCCGCAGAAAAGCUUCUCGCUGCUUUGCCACAGCUGGCAGCGGCUAUGGGAUGCUUCCAGCGCAUCCACGAGUACAUGGUAUCCGACCCGAUUAAGGAUAGUCGACUUGGAUGGAAUAGAUCCCUAUCGUUACACUCGACAACCUCUAUAGGUAACACAGAUAAGAAAGAAUCCCCACUACUAACUGACGAUGAAGAGCAAGAUGUUGCCAUUAGUUUGGACCACGUCACAGUCCUACUUACACAAAAGGCAAUAUCUUUUACCCUGACAAAUGUGUCCUUCAAAGUAAAAAGCGGCACUUUGCUAGUAGUAACAGGUCCUGUCGGCUCAGGCAAGACAACUUUACUUAAGGCUAUCCUGGGAGAACUCGGCUGUCAGUCAGGGACUGUCUCUGUCAAGUCGAAGCGAAUCUCUUAUUGUACUCAAAACCCCUGGCUGCUGAAUACAACGAUUAAGAAGAGCAUCACUGGCCUCGCAGAUCACAAGGUGGAUGAGAAGUGGUACCAAACCGUCCUACAUUCAUGCUGCCUAGAGGAGGACAUCCGUUGCUGGCCCGACGGAGACCAGAGUGAAGUAGGAAGCAAAGGCCAUACUCUAUCAGGGGGGCAAAAGCAAAGAGUGGCAUUGGCUCGUGCGGUGUACAGUCGCCAGGAUAUAGCUUUGCUAGACGAUACCUUAAGUGCCUUGGACAUGCAGACUCAGGAGAUAAUUAUUGCGCGACUUCUUUCGAAUGAUGGGAUAUUUCGCCAACUGGGAACAACAGUCGUUUUAACAACUCACAACCCCCAAUUACUUAAGGUGGCAGACAGCAUAAUCUCACUUAAUUCACAUGGGCAGAUCGAGUUCCAGGCAGCGGGUGGAGACGCCAUUCAAUACGCAAACCUAAUUCGUGGCAGAGAAGUUACGGUUGCUGGAGAGGGUGGUCUAAAUGAAAAGACCUGUGAUGAAACAAACAGAUCGUUAACUGAUCCUGUGAACAACAUGGAAGAUCAGGAUCAAACCAGGCAAAUUGGAGAUCUGUCGGUGUACUAUUAUUACGCACGAAUAGUUGGUCCAGUUCUCUGUACCGUGUUUCUCAUUGCCCACGCCUUUUUAGCCUUCGCCGAGAACUUUCCGCGGGUAUGGCUAAGCAAGUGGACUGAGGCAGGCGGCGGCCAACUUCCGCUAUAUCUCUCCGUCUAUAUUGUUUUAGCACUGGCUGCAUCGGUGCUAGUUGUGGGAUGCAUAUGGGUUAUCUUUCUUGAACUAAUGCCGAAGUCGGCCAUCCGCUUGCACUGGAGCCUGCUGAACACCGUUAUUAGAGCACCGCUAUCCUUCUUUUCCAUGACUGAUAGUGGUGUAACACUCAACCGUUUUAGCCAGGAUAUGACCUUGGUGGAUCUGGCGUUGCCUAUAUCUCUAAUGUCGUUAGGGCAGUCGUUAUUCGGAUGCAUCGCCACCGUGGGCUUGAUUGCAACAGGCUCAGCAUAUAUGGCCAUCACGAUUCCGGUGACAUUGGUGGUCCUGUAUUUCUUGCAGAAAGUAUAUCUAAAGACCAGUCGGCAGUUACGAUAUCUCGACCUGGAGUGUCGGAGUCCCUUGUACUCCCAUUUUGUUGAGGUUCUUGACGGACUGCCCACAAUUCGGGCGUUUUGUUGGCAAACAGCAUCCACUGAGGUUCUAAUUCAACAUCUUGAUCAGUCCCAGAAGCCAUAUUAUAUGCUAUUAUGCGCGCAGAGGUGGUUAAAUUUGGUGCUGGAUAUUAUGGUAAUGGUAUUGGCAAUCAUUGUGGUGGCACUGGCCAUGGAGUUGCACAAAAGCACCAAUGCAGGCCUUCUCGGCGUUGCCUUAAACAACAUUCUGGGGCUUAAUCAACAACUGUCAUUAUUCAUCACGUCAUGGACCACAUUUGAAACCUCUCUCGGAGCAAUUGCCCGCGUUAAAACCUUUGUGGAGACCACUCCUCCUGAAUCUCAUCCUGGAGAAAACCCAGAACCGCUGGUGUUCUGGCCUGAGCAGGGAGCAAUACACAUCCAGGGACUCUCUCUUUCCUACCCCGACGGAACCUCGGCCUUGAAUAAUAUUUCUAUGUGCAUUGCACCGGGGGAGAGAAUUGGUAUUUGUGGCCGCACAGGCAGCGGGAAAAGCUCUUUUAUACUUGCUUUACUUCGCCUUGUGAACCCAUCUCAUGGCAUGAUCACCAUUGAUGGGGUUAAUAUUAAAAGCAUCUCCCCAGCAGCAAUUCGAGAGGCGCUAAUAGCUGUUCCACAAGAUCCAUUCAUUCUUCUAGGCUCUGUGCGGUACAACGCAGACAUCAUGGGGGCCUCUAACGACGAAGAGAUAAUGUCUGUAUUAAAGCAGAUUGGCAUCUGGGAGGCCAUUGAACGCCGAGGAGGUCUGGACACAGUCCUCGAGGAUUAUCCAUUGUCUCAAGGAGAGCAGCAGCUAUUCUGCCUAGCACGGGCUAUUCUCAAGAAACGAACCCGCCCAGGUGGAUAUCAGGUAGUAAUCUUGGAUGAGGCCACUAGCAACGUUGAUAGCGAGACUGAUCAUCGCACCCAACAAGUGUUGAGAGAUGCUUUUAAAGGCUGCACUAUUAUCAGUGUAGCUCAUAGGCUGGACACGAUCACAGAUUUUGAUAGAAUCGCUGUCCUUGAUGCUGGAUGCCUGGUUGAGUUUGAUACACCACGGCGCCUUCUUGCGAGAGAUGGACUUUUCCGUCGGCUGGUUUCAGCUUCUGAGACACCGGAGUCAGAUGAAAAUAUAAGUGUAUCCGCAGUCCUCUAG